CUUGUUUAUUAUAUCAGCCAUAACUAAGCAACAAUUAUUAACAAUAUAGUAUACAAUAUUGUUACACCAUGGCAUGCAAGUUGUCAACCCCAUUUGCACUUGUAUUCCUUGUGCUCUCUGUUUUGAUCAACUUCUCUUAUGCUGGUACAAUUGUGGUCUACUGGGGCCAGGACGGGAACGAAGGUAGCUUGGCGGACACUUGUUCCACAGGCAACUAUGGAAUAGUUAACAUUGGUUUUCUAGUGGCCUUUGGCAAUAACCAGAGCCCUGUGCUCAACCUUGCUGGCCACUGUGACCCCACCAGUAAUGGUUGCACUUUCUUAAGUAAUGAAAUCAAAGCUUGCCAAAGCCAGGGUAUCAAGGUCAUGCUAUCCAUUGGUGGUGGUGCUGGUAGCUACUUCCUUACCUCUGCUGAUGACGCCAAAGGAGUUGCACAAUAUUUAUGGGACAAUUUUCUGGGAGGGCAAUCAAGUUCAAGGCCGCUAGGUGAUGCAGUUCUUGAUGGGAUUGAUUUCGAUAUCGAGGGUGGCACAACUCAACACUGGGAUGAACUGGCCAAGGCUUUGAACGAGUUCAGUCAGCAAAAUAAGGUUUACUUAACUGCAGCUCCACAAUGUCCCUUCCCAGAUGCCUGGCUAAGUGGUGCACUGAACACUGGUCUGUUUGAUUAUGUCUGGAUCCAAUUUUAUAACAACCAUCCUUGUGAGUACUCUGGAAACGCUGACAAUUUGAAGAGUUAUUGGAACCAGUGGACAUCAUCAAUCUCCGCUGGCCAAAUAUUUUUGGGGUUGCCUGCAUCGCCUGAUGCUGCAGGAAGUGGCUACGUUGCGCCUGAUGUGCUCUCAUCUGAAGUGCUGCCAACGGUCAAAAAUUCUCCCAAGUAUGGAGGUGUUAUGCUUUGGUCUAGGCGGUAUGACCAAAGCUACAGCGCAGCUAUUAAGCCUAACGUUUGAUUCAUCAUUACUCUUAUAUAUAGUUUUAUGUAUUUAUAUAUUUAUAGCAGCAAAUAUUGACAGAAUGAUUUCUGUGGAGAAUAUGUGGCCUGUCUAAUAGAUCUGCUUAUAAGAAAAUAAAAGCCAAAUUUAUUCGCUGCGUGUAUCAUAGAUUCAUAUAUGUAUUUGUUUUGUAUUGUUAAGUAGGACUCUACUUAUAUGCAACACAAUUCAUAUACUAUUUAUGUUAAAAAUGAGUAAUUGCUUAUAAUGUAAUUUCUGGUUAACUUAA